CUAUCAUCUUCUUCGUCUUCGUCCGCCUCUCCUCGCCGACCUUCGCAAGCAAAGUAUAACCCUCCUUUUCUCUCUCUCUCUCUCUCUCUCUCUCUCUCUCUCUCAUCCUUCCACACCGCGUCUGCCUCCUCUUCCUCAUCCUUCAGGAGCUCGCGAUGGCAUCGAAGAGGAUUUUGAAGGAGCUCAAGGACCUCCAGAAGGAUCCUCCCACCUCCUGCAGUGCUGGUCCAGUUGCAGAAGACAUGUUCCAUUGGCAAGCGACAAUUAUGGGUCCUCCAGACAGUCCUUAUGCUGGGGGUGUGUUCCUUGUAUCCAUCCAUUUUCCCCCAGAUUACCCCUUCAAGCCUCCAAAGGUUGCCUUCCGAACGAAGGUUUUUCACCCAAAUAUUAAUAGCAACGGGAGCAUCUGCCUCGAUAUCUUGAAGGAGCAGUGGAGCCCUGCCCUGACUAUUUCCAAGGUGUUGCUCUCAAUCUGUUCUCUUCUUACCGACCCGAACCCUGACGACCCAUUGGUGCCGGAGAUUGCCCACAUGUACAAGACGGACAAGAACAAGUACGAGACAAAUGCAAGAAACUGGACCCAGAAGUACGCAAUGGGCUAGUAGUGAAAUGAUGAUAUAUUCUUGUGGGCCAAGUCUCCUUCCUUCCCCUCUUUAAGCUUAAACUUCAUUCUUCCAUGGAAGUGUAAUAUGUGGUGAAGUCCUUGAAAUAAACUCGAGAACCCUUUUGACGGCAAGAAGCAUAAAUGGUGACAUUGCUUUGUUAUUAAUUAUCAUA